AUGGACAGGAAAUCAGACCUGCCGCCGUAUUCUGCGGCCACUGCCGCGUCGCCCUUUCGUCUCUCCCGCCGUCGACCAGGCUUCCGACGAUCACGAGUCAUCAAGGCUAUCUCUGUCGCCUCGCUGAUUCUCAUCGCCCUUGGCCAAUGGACGCUCAUUUGGAACAAAACAGCUAAAGAGCCGUUGUUGUCGGCUGCUAAGCUGAGCGCGGACCUUCAGACUUGCGCCAAGCUCCGGUCUAAGCCCCAGGAUCCAAUUGGACUCGGUCGUGACAAGAAUGCCCGGUAUAUUGAAGGCAGCAAGCCGACCCUGAUAAAGAAUGCUACAAUCUGGGUUGGCGAGCCGAUUGAAGGGACGAGCGCUGAUGAUGCGAGGGCCGGCAAAGGAUGGGAGUGGAUCCGUGGCGAUGUCUUGCUCGAGUACGGGCUGAUUCAGACGGUCCAGCAUCGCAUCUCCUCGUCGAGUCUUCCGGAUGGCACGAUCAUCUUUGAUGCCGAGGGCCGCCAGCUCACUGCUGGUGUCAUCGACAUGCACAGCCAUGCCGGCGUGUAUUCGCUCCCGCAGCUCCGGGGAAGCGCGGAUGGCAACGAGGGAUCAGAUAACAUCACGCCCUGGGCCCGCUCCAUCGACGCCAUCAUGCCUCUGGAUCCCCAGAUCCAAGUGAUCAAGUCUGGGGGUGUCACCACGUCUCUUGUCUUGCCGGGAUCUGCCAACAACAUAGGAGGCGAAGCCUAUGUUAUCAAGCAUGCCGUUGGGAAGAAGGAUGGUCGCAACGAGAUCAGUGCUGCAGACAUGCUGGCUGACCCCGAGCGUAGCUGGCGCUACAUGAAGAUGGCCUGCGGUGAAAACCCGAAGCGCUACCACGGUUCACGCACGACCCGACCUAUGACAAGAAUGGGCGAGAGCUUUGAGUUCCGCAAGGCCUUCGUGGAAGCGCGAGCCUUGAUCCAGAAACAAGACGAUUGGUGCGCCAAGGCCGAAGUUAUUGGCGUAGAGAACAUGAACGAGUAUCUUCCACAGGAGAUCUUCUGGGAACCUCUAGUUGCGGCAUUGCGAGGCCAAGUUCAUAUCAAUACCCAUUGCUACACCAUUCCUGACCUUGAAGCUAUGGUCGAUCACACCAACGAGUUCGAGUUUCCUGUUCGAGCUUUCCAUCAUGCUCACCAGACGUUCUUAGUUCCUGAGAUUCUUAACCGUACCUGGGGUGGCCGGGCUCCUGCGUCGGCACUCUUUGCCGAUAACAUGUAUUACAAGCAAGAGGCAUAUAUCGGAUCUCAGUUCGCUGGAAAGUAUCUCUACGACGAAGGCCUGACCACAGUCUACGUCAGCGACAACCCUGUUCUAAAUGCUCAGCACGUUCUCUUCGAAGCCGCCAAGGGUUACCAUUGGGGUCUCCCAUAUCACGCCGCACUUUCCGCUGUUACAAGCGCCCCGGCAGAACUACUUGGGUUGGGUCAACGUCUCGGGAAGAUCAAGCCAGGCUUCGACGCCGACGUUGUUGUGUGGGAUAGCGAUCCUCUCAGUGUUGGCGCGACUCCAGUACAGGUCUGGAUUGAUGGCACGGCGCAGUACGAGAACCCGGUGGUUCACUCCAAGAACACCGGUCCAAUUGUGCCAAAUAAAGCCUUGUCGCAUAUUGUUGAAGAACCCGAGGUGGUUCCAGAUGCGCUGUUCAAGGGCAUUACCAAAGUCUUGCUGUCAGGUGAAACCUUGGGAUCAGAAGAGAGCUCGUUGAACGCCGUCAUCACCAAUGGCAAGCUCUCCUGCCUUGGAAGCUGCGAGCGCGAGUUCAAGAUCGCUGCAGACUCUGGGGUCAAAGUGACCCAAUUGACCAACGGAUAUCUUUACAAUGGGCUAACUGGCGUCGCCGGCACACUUGGUCUGAACGAGAUCGAUGCCGAGUCAAGCACCGAUAAUGGCGACAACCCUGCUACCUUCUCUCGAGCCAUUGACGGACUCGCGUUUGACAGCAAGAAGCUCCACGCUGCGGUGACCGCCGGCGUGACCAGGGCAUUCUCGGCUCCCAAAUUCCUCGGCGGCGCCACACACCAUGGUACCAGCGUCGGCUUCGUAACAGACGCCCGGAUCAGCCUGGACGAUGGCGCCGUAUUUGCAGACGACGUUGCUGUCCACUAUACCCUUGAUGGGAACGUCAAGGCCACCGCCAGCUUCUCAGCGGCGUUUGGCGCUCUUCGCACUGCACUCAUCGCCGUCGGCCAGAGCAAGGAGGAUCCCGCGCCAUACUCAGAGGCCAGCUUCCUCAAGCAGGUCCUCGAGGGAGAGAGGACUCUGGCACUGACCAUCAACAGUGCCGACGGUAUUGCCUCUGCUCUACGGGUGAAGAAGGACCUGGAAGCCUACGAAUUCGGCAAGAAGAUUAGGCUGGCCAUCAUCGGUGGCGCGGAAUCUCACAUUGUCGCAAAGGAGCUGGCGAAAGCCCAGGUCGGCGUGAUCCUGACGCCGCUCCAGGCAAAGGGAGAGUCCUGGGAUAGCCGGAGGGCACUGCCGGGAGCACCCUUGACCAAUGGCACGACCAUCGACUAUCUGCUGGAUGCGGGUGUCAAGGUCGGCAUCGGCCUGCUGGAGGAUUGGGAGGUCCGCGACCUUGUAUUUGCGGCCGGGACGGCCUACCGCAACGGGGAGGGUCGCCUGACCGAGAAGGAGGCGCUGGAUCUGGUGAGCACGAACAUCCACGAGAUUCUCGGAGCAAAAGGCGUGCCUGAGGGACGGGAGAGCGGGCAUUUUGUCGUCAGCGAGGGUAGCCCCCUGACGAUCGGCUCUCAGAUCAAGGCUGUUGGUUCUGGAAAGAAGGACAUUUAUCUCUUUGUCUAA